AUCACAUAUCUUGAAACCGUACUACAAACAGCACUCUUUCCAAAACAGAUGUCUGGCAACAACUGCACUGCUGUGACUGAAUUUAUUCUUUUGGGGUUAACAGAUGAUCCAUUUCUUCGUGUCAUCCUCUUUGUGAUAUUUCUGGGUGUCUAUGCUGUUACCUUAGUCGGUAACCUUAGCAUAAUCAUAUUGAUAAAAAAUAGCUCCCAACUUCAUACUCCAAUGUACCAUUUUCUCAGCCACUUGGCUUUUGUGGAUAUUGGAUAUUCCUCAUCUGUCACACCUCUCAUGCUUACUAACUUCCUUGCAGAUAAGACCUCAAUAUCUCUUGGAGGCUGUUUGGCCCAAUUUUGUUCUACUGCCAUCUUUGGGACUACUGAGUGUUUCCUGCUUGCUGUGAUGGCCUAUGAUCGGUAUGUGGCCAUUUGUAACCCCCUACUCUACUCUACCAACAUGUCUACUAGGGUCUGUACUUUGUUACUCGUUAUAUCCUAUGUGGGUGGAUGUGUAAAUGCGUGGAUGUUCACUGGUUUCUUACUGAAUCAGUCUUUCUGUGGAGGCACUAGGAUCAAUCAUUUUUUCUGUGAUUAUACACCACUUUUGAAGCUUUCCUACCCCCACGAUGACCUUGCUGAAAUUCUUCCUUCUGCCUCGGCUGGAUUGGUAAUUGUUAUCACAGUGUUAGUUAUCAUAAUCUCUUAUGUAUACAUCCUCUUCUCUGUCCUGAAGAUAAGCUCUACUGAAGGGAGAUCCAAAGCUCUCUCAACUUGUACCUCCCACCUCACAGCAGUCACUCUGUUCUAUGGGACUAGUACAUUCAUUUAUGUGUUGCCUAAGUCCGGCUACUCAACAGAUCAGAAUAAAGUGGUUUCUGUUUUCUAUACUGUUAUGAUCCCCAUGUUGAACCCCCUGAUCUAUAGUCUGAGGAACAAAGAAGUAAAAAGUGCCCUGAGAAAAUUCAUUAGUAGGAAACAUCUUUUCUCUUGA